AUUUCGGGUGUAUAUAGCCGUCAUGUCAUAUGUUUCGGUCAUUGAUAUGAAUCGAUGUGCCGAUUCACGUGUUGAUUGAUUCAAUUUAAAAAAAAAAUGUUUAUCAUCAAUCUGACUAAAUCAUUAAUAACGACUAAAUCGUUAUGCAAUCAUACAAUUCGACCAUUAGCACAUUAUGUCAUCAAUCAGAAUGGUGAAAAAGUUGUCGUAAGUAAACGUACUAAUAUUCGAUCGAAACGUGAAAAAUGGCAAAAUGUCAAAGCAAUGGAAUUUGAAGAUGAAUUGAAAAAAAUACGUAAAAUCGAAUUCAACGAUAGACUACAUGCAGAUCCAGAACAAGCACGUCAAAUGGCUGAAGAUAAAUUUCAACAAUUAGCUGAUCGUUUAAAAUCUUCAGGUUUAUGUCGUGAUACAAAACCAUACGAUCCACCGGAAAAUACCAGCCAAAUUAUUGAUGAAAUCUGUCAGGAAAUUUGUCGAGGAUCAAAUUUUUUUUCCAAUCUAACUGAAAAAUUCAAUUUUCUUACCAAAUGUCAGGAACGAUUUGAUCAUGAAGUGACCAAUUCAGAACUUUAUCGAAUGAACACAGUCGAUGAUGUAAGAGAAUAUUAUAUGAUACCCGUACGUGGCCGAUCCAAAUAUAAUGUUUGGGCAUAUGAGAAAUCAACGUUGCCACCAAAUCUAAACUUAAUACCCGAACCAUUGAGGUUUAAUCCAAAAACGGAUACAUUUUUCGACGGUGUGAAUGCAUUCCCUGGUAACAUACCACAAGUGGUUGGACUAAGAGCUAAGAAAAAAUAUCCAAAAAUAGAGGAUAACUUCAUUUGGCCCGAUGUUUGAGAAUAUUCAUUAGUUCAUUUUUUUAAUUUGUUACUUGAUUAAUUAAAAAAAAAAACAGGAAAUGUUUAACAAAA